UCCAUAUCAACUGAGCAACGGUAGUUGUUAGCUAGAACCGAGCUAAGUGCUUUUUUGCUAUGAAUUUAGACAACGAAGAAGGACCAAUCCUAGUUACAGGGCCCAAUGCCGAAGCUCUAGAUAUAUUCAACAGUACGUUGAUGGAGGUUGCAUCUCCAGAGAUCAAAGAGAGGGACAGAGAACCACGAGUGCUUGCAAGCUAUGAACUGCUUAGAGAAAAUUUGAAUUUCAGAGAUGCCAAGUACUUCCUGGUGAUGCCACGUGCAAGCCGCACUCUCGUUUACAUAGAAGGUGACCGCUCUAGCAUGUAUAAAGAAAUUCAACACAUGUGCAAAGAUGGCAAAGAACGAGUUUUUAUCGUACUGUAUCGAAACGAGGACGUUCCAGAAGGCUGCCUGUAUGAUAGUCAGAUCAAGUACUGGUGGGAUCCUGGACCCCAAAAGGAACUCGAGCAGUUUGCCAAAAUGGGCCAUCUCAUCUCCUUCCAAAGCAAACCAAACAGAAAACAGGAAAAUGCUAUUCGCGAGCUUUUAGGAUACAAGCCACGCCCUACUCUAUCUUCAUCACAACGACAAAAUGAUUGCGAGGUUCCAGCGAUUCGCAGACGGGGUUCCACUAUGCGUCGCUGUAUAGCACAGAUAUGGCGUGAGCACAAAACUAUUAUGCUAAUUUUAGCUGCUUUGUGGCUCGUUGGUAUUUAUUUUUUGUGGCAAUGGGUCCAUCAGAGUUGGAUUCCGAUAAAGCCUUACAGAAACACUUCUGCGAAUGUAGAAAGAGAGCAUCUAACGAAUCCUACAACAGAAUUUCUAACCAACGUUAGAGAAAGGAUGCCCAUAAACGCUGAACAAGAAAUGCCAAUGAAUGAUAAAAAGGAGAUGCCAAUAAACAGUACAACGAGCAUGUCAAGAAAGGGGGUGCCAGUAGACGCAAAAGGAGAAGUAUCAAUGGAUCGUAAAGAAGGAGUUCUGACAAACGCUAAAAAGAAGGUCCCUGUUACAAGAGUGAAAAAGAACCUUGCCAGAGCAACGAAAAGAAGCGUUAGAAGAAAGAUACCAGUAGACGCCAAAAAGGGCGUGCCAGUGGACACUAAAGAAGAUAUGUCAAUAAACGCUGUCAGAGAAGUAUCAAUGGACGCUGGAAAUGAUAAGGGAGUCCGUUUUUCUCGCGGGCAUGCCUAAUAACCUAGCUUGCUUCUGAAUUAUUAUAGGUAGGCUCAUAGGCAAAUCUUAACUAAGGAAUAAAUUUGUCAAUCUGCAGAAAAGAGUUUGUGAUUAUAAAGACUAUUUUGAAAGACUUUCAAAAUAUAACUUUGGCAUCAUUGUACAAGCACUAGCUAUCUACUCCCACAACAAGCAAACUUUGUCUACAACAGAACAAUUAACAU